AUGAAGACAAUGGUGAUGGCUCUACCAACACCACCACUGGUAUUGAUGCUUCUACUAUGCGCACUCUCUACCAACUCAUCAUUCCAACCCGCCCUGGUGUUAGAAAUGGCAAAGAUUCUGCUGGAAAACUACUGCUUCCCUGAGAACCUGGUUGGGAUGCAGGAGGCAAUCCAACAAGCAAUCGACAGUGGAGAAAUCCUGCGGAUUUCGGAUAGGAAGACCCUUGCAAGUGUGCUUACAGUGGGAGUACAAGGGGCACUGAACGACCCACGGCUGACUGUGUCAUACGAGCCCAAUUUCGUCCCGGUGAUGCCCCCACUGCUGCCAUCUCUCCCCAUAGAACAAUUGAUCCGGCUGGUGAGGAACUCUGUCAAGGUGGAUAUCCUGGAAAACAACAUUGGCUAUUUACGAAUAGAUCGUAUAAUCGGGGAGGAGACAGCAGCAACGCUUGGCUCCCUGCUGAGGGACAACAUCUGGGACAAAAUUGCUCACACAUCCUCUCUGAUUUUUGAUCUAAGGUAUAGCACGGCUGGACAAUUGUCUGGAAUUCCCUUUAUAAUCUCUUAUUUCUCGGACCCUGUGCCCAUCAUUCAUAUUGACACUGUGUAUGACAGGCCCUCGAAUACAACCAGGGAGCUGUGGACCAUGCCAUCAAUUAAGGGAGAAAGGUAUGGAAAGAAGAAAGAUAUGAUUAUUUUGACUAGCAAACAUACCAUGGGGGCUGCUGAGGCAGUGGCCUAUACAUUCAAACAUCUAAAGAGGGCUAUCAUAGUCGGAGAAAGAUCUGCUGGUGGGUCAGUAAAAGUCAGAAAGAUAAGAGUUGGAGGAUCAGAGUUCUACAUAACAGUUCCUGUGGCAAGAUCUUUCAAUCCAAUCACAGGCCAGAGCUGGGAAGUCAGUGGCGUUUCCCCAACAGUCAACAUUAUUGCAAAGGAAGCUGUUGCAAAAGCAAAGUACCUUCUGGCUGUAAGAGGUGCCAUUCCAAGCAUUGUUCAGAGUAUCUCCAACAUUAUCGAGAGGUCGUAUGCUUUCACUGACAAAGUUCCAGCUCUUCUUCAUCAUCUGCAAUCUACAGACUUGUUCUCUGUCAUAUCUGAGGAGGAUCUGGCAAUCAGACUCAACCAGGACCUUCAGACCGUUUCUGAGGAUCCACGACUGAUCAUUAAAUACUUGCAAGACAAUGCUGCCAUUGUAGAAGAGGACCCCGAACUUUUGGGGUAUAUAAUCAACACUUUGUUUAGAAUUGAGCUUCUGCCGGGUAAUGUUGGCUAUCUCAGAUUUGACAUGAUGGCAGACAUAGAGGUGUUAAAAGCCAUUGGCACACAGCUAACGAAAUUAGUGUGGAGCAAGAUAGUAAACACGGAUGCGCUCAUAAUUGAUAUGAGGUUCAACACUGGUGGUUAUUCAACAUCAGUUCCACUUCUUUGCUCAUAUUUAUUUGAUGCUGACCCUCUGCGGCAUCUAUAUACCAUCUUCGACCGCACCACAACUACGAUGACAGAGGUCAUGACAUUGCCUCAGAUCAGGGGUCAAAGGUAUGGGUCCUCCAAGGAUGUCUACAUCCUCACCAGUCAUAUGACGGGGUCAGCAGCUGAAGUGUUCACCCGCACUAUGAAGGACUUAAAUAGGGCAACAAUCAUUGGAGAGCCAACGACUGGAGGGUCUCUGUCAAGUGGAACUUAUCGGAUCAGGGACAGCAUCCUAAAGGAAUCAACCAUCACCAACUUCCCGAACAACUUCAAUUAA